UCUAGUCCCUUACGAAGUAUAUAUGCUGCGCGCAAACAAACUCAACUGGAGCAGCAGAAAAUGAGUGCAAAUACAAGUGAGCAGACAGCUACGAAAACCAAAGCUAACGAUAUGUCCUCCGACAAGAGAGUGCACGAUGAUGAUGGUGCUGGAGAAAAGUCGGAAGCCGGGUCUUCACCGCACGAGGAUGCUGCUGGCAUUCAUAUCUACGCCACGAUCGCUUUUAUAGUCAUAAUCAUCGUCAUUGGAGUUCCGAUGUGGUGGAAAUCUACGGAAGUAUAUCGCGUGUCAUUGCCUUACGACGAAAUCCAAGCAUUGAACGAUAAGCCCAUCAAGGCAACGUUUCGGUUAGGAUUGUACUGCCGAUCGACUGAACGGAGAGAAAUACUCGCAUUUGAGUUACGUAAAAAGUUUGAACAGAACUUUGUGUUUGAUUUGGAACUGCAGCUGCUUUCAUUGGACACAGAAACACUUUCAACGAUUAAAACUCCGGCGAAACUUGAAUCUGAAUUACUUAAUCGUUAUCCUGCAUCCGUUGGAGAUUUCUUGUUUAUUGAGUGGCACAAAUUAGACGAUGAUAUUCUUGUUUCUUCCGAUCGGACAGCAUUUAUCUCAGAAAGUGCAACAUCACUAAAAGCAUAUCAGGUACUAUCUUCUUGGAUUUUACAAGAAUACAAGCUGAAAGCCAUUCUUGGAUCUAGGAAUAUGCAGCAAACUACAAAGGGACGCCAAAUGCGAUUGAAUUCGGCUCCACUGCAAUCACGUUAUGAAGUACUAAUAACGGUUCUAAAUCCAAAACCCGACCUACAGAAAGUGCAUUGGAAUGCACGAGCAGCAGCAGAAAAUUACAUAGGACCAUUCCUGCGUGAGCUCUCCGGAAUCACCAAUUUCACCAUUAAAACACAGUGGAUCUACCAAGUUGGGAUAGAAGGUGCUCAACCGAAGCAAGUGCAAGAUGAUUCAAAACUUGGCCGGCAUUACGCCUUGUCAGAGGAUAGUCUUCCACAUAUAAUAACGUCGCUCGAGAAAAAACUUGGCACACAAAUCACCGACAACCCUUGUAUUCACCUGGUCGUUUACGUUCCACCUUGUGCACAAGCUCCUCUUAAAAUCUAUAGAAAAGACGGACAGCGCGCGUCACCAUUGAGCAGUAACGUGGAUGCUUUUACAUCCGCCAAAUGGGGUGGCAUCAUUUUUGCCAACCCUGCUGAAGCAACCUGUGUACGGUAUAUGGAGAGCGAACAAUUUAGCGAUGUAUACAUUCACGCACAGGAUGUAAUGCCUGUUUUGUUGUACCAGUUGCGAAAAAUACUCGAUCUUGAAAACAACACGCCCCUGCUAGACACAACACUGGUACCGUACAAUACGAUUGAACCACGUGUUUGGGAAGUAGACACGUUCAUCCGAACCAACACAAUCUAUUUGGUGCAUUCGGCGACAACGACGUUGCAAUCGUUGAUUCAACUGCUCGGCGGUAUCGAGUACAUUGUGAUCAAUGAUGAGGUUGGAGCAGCUAUUAAAAAUGCGUACCAUAAAAUUGUCGAAGCAAAGGAAAUGCUAAGAACAAAUAACCUCGAAGAAGCGGCUCUUCUGGCGCGGGAGGCUUAUACAUCAGCGGAAAGAGCGUUUUUCGAUCCUAGUUUACUGGCUUUAUUGUACUUCCCUAACGAACAAAAGUACGCUAUCUACAUUCCACUCUUCUUGCCCAUUAUGAUACCGGUGGUGUUUUCUUUUAAUACUCUUUUAAAGUUUUUUCAAAAACGGAAACUAACCGCAAUUUCAAAAACAAAACAUGAAUAA